AUGGACCUGGGCAGCGCCGGCCGGAGAGCGGGGGCUGCGCCCCCGGGCCCGGGCGCCUGGAGACCUUUCCCCUCCGCCUGCUGCUGCUGCUUCGCCUCGCUGCUGGAUGUGAACAGCUGGCUGCUCUUCUACGGCUUCCUCUACCUGGCCCUCUAUGCCCAGGUGUCCCAGUCCAAGUCCUGCGACAAAAUCUCCUGCUUCUCGGGUCAUUGUGUCAACUCCACCUGCGUCUGCGACCAGGGCUGGGUGGGAGACCAGUGCCAACACUGCCAGGGCAGGUUCAAGUUAACAGAACCUUCUGGAUAUUUAACAGAUGGACCUAUAAAUUAUAAAUAUAAAACUAAAUGCACAUGGUUAAUUGAAGGAUACCCAAAUGCGAUACUACGAUUAAGAUUUAAUCACUUUGCCACAGAAUGUAGCUGGGACCAUAUGUAUGUGUAUGAUGGAGAUUCAAUAUAUGCACCUUUAAUAGCUGUAUUUAGUGGUCUAAUAGUCCCUGAAGUGCGUGGGAAUGAAACUGUUCCUGAAGUGGUUACUACAUCUGGCUAUGCAUUGUUACACUUUUUUAGUGAUGCUGCUUAUAACCUAACGGGAUUUAACAUUUUUUAUUCAAUUAACUCUUGCCCUAAUAACUGCUCAGAACAUGGCAAGUGCACAACCAGUCUGUCUGUGCCGACUCGGGUGUACUGUGAGUGUGACAAGUACUGGAAAGGAGAGGCCUGUGACAUUCCCUAUUGCAAAGCCAACUGUGGCAGUCCUGAUCACGGCUACUGUGACCUGACGGGAGAGAAGCUCUGUGUCUGCAAUGACAGCUGGCAAGGUCCAGAUUGUUCUUUGAAUGUACCCUCCACGGAGUCUUACUGGAUUCUGCCCAACGUGAAGCCCUUCAGCCCCUCUGUGGGCCGUGCUUCCCACAAGGCUGUCCUUCAUGGGAAGUUCAUGUGGGUGGUUGGAGGAUACACCUUUAACUACAGCUCAUUCCAAAUGGUGUUGAACUACAAUUUGGAAAGCAGUAUAUGGAAUGUAGUGCCUGUAUCCAAAGGGCCACUCCAGAGAUACGGACACACUCUUGCUUUGUAUCAGGAAGACAUCUACAUGUAUGGAGGCAAAAUUGAAAUUAUGAGUUAUGGGAAUGUCACUGAUGAACUGUGGGUUUUCAACAUACCCAGCCAAACAUGGAGUACCAGAAUUCCUGCAGUCCUUGUCCAUGGACAGCAGUAUGCUGUGGAAGGCCAUUCAGCACACAUAGUAGAGCUGGACAGCAGAGAUGUGGUUAUGAUUGUAAUUUUUGGAUAUUCUUCCAUAUAUGGUUAUACAAGCAUUGUGCAAGAAUACUACAUCAGGUCUAAUUCUUGGCUUGUACCAGAAACGAAAGGAGCAAUUGUUCAAGGUGGAUAUGGCCAUACCAGUGUCUACGAUGAGCUGACAAAAUCUAUUUAUGUCCAUGGUGGAUACAAAGCAUUGCCUGGCAAUAAAUAUGGAUUGGUGGAUGACCUUUACAGAUACGAAGUUAAUACUCGGACAUGGACUAUUUUGAAAGAGAGUGGCUUUGCAAGAUACCUUCAUUCAGCUGUCCUAAUCAAUGGAGCUAUGCUCAUUUUUGGUGGAAACACUCAUAAUGAUACUUCCCUGAGCAAUGGUGCAAAGUGUUUUUCUGCUGACUUUCUUGCAUAUGAUAUAGCUUGUGAUGAAUGGAAGAUUUUACCAAAACCUAAUCUACAUAGAGAUGUCAACAGAUUUGGUCACACUGCUGUUGUCAGUAAUGGGUCCAUGUAUAUAUUUGGGGGUUUUUCAAGUGUUCUAUUGAAUGACAUCCUUGUGUACAAGCCUCCCAACUGUGAAGCAUUCAGAGAUGAAGAGCUGUGCAAAAAUGCCCGUCCAGGAAUAAGGUGUCUGUGGAACAGGAAACAUUGUGAAUCUUGGGAAUCUGGGCAUGCUAAUAACAUCCUUAGAGCAAAAUGUCCCAAGAAAGCAGCUGCUGCAGACGACAGAUGUUACCGGUACGCGGAUUGCGCCAGCUGCACUGCCAACACCAACGGCUGCCAGUGGUGCGACGACAAGAAGUGCAUUUCAGCAAACAGUAACUGCAGCAUGUCGGUUAGAAACUACACGAAAUGUCACGUGAGGAACGAGCAGAUCUGCAAUAAACUGACGAGCUGCAAGAGCUGCUCCCUGCACCUGAACUGCCAGUGGGACCAGAGGCAGCAGGAGUGCCAGGCACUACCUGCUCACCUGUGUGGAGAAAGAUGGAACCACAUUGGAGAUGCCUGCCUCCACAUAAAUUCCAGUCGGGAAAGCUACGACAAUGCCAAACUAUAUUGCUACAAUUUGAGUGGAAAUCUUGCAUCACUAACAACCUCAAAAGAGGUGGAAUUUGUUCUGGAUGAAAUACAGAAGUAUACGCUUCAGAAAAUUUCACCCUGGGUGGGUUUGCGCAAGAUCAACAUCUCCUACUGGGGCUGGGAUGACAUGUCCCCUUUCACAAACACCACCCUGCAGUGGCUCCCUGGAGAGCCCAAUGACUCUGGCUUCUGUGCCUACCUGGAGAGAGCAGAGGUGGCAGGGCUGAAGGCAAAUCCCUGCACUGCCAUGGCAGAUGGCCUUGUGUGUGAAAAACCUGUUGUCAGUCCCAACCAGAAUGCCAGGCCCUGCAAAAAGCCAUGCUCCCUGAGGACAACCUGUUCCAACUGCACCAGCAAUGGCAUGGAAUGUAUGUGGUGCAGCAGCACCAAGCGAUGUGUGGACUCCAAUGCCUACAUCAUCUCCUUCCCCUAUGGACAGUGUCUGGAGUGGCAAACUGCCACCUGCUCCCCUCAAAACUGCUCUGGGCUGAGGACCUGUGGACAGUGUUUGGAGCAGCCAGGGUGUGGAUGGUGCAACGAUCCCAGUAACACUGGCAAAGGACAGUGCUUGGAAGGCUCCUCAAGAGGCCCAAUGAAGCCUGCCAGUGUCCACUCCAAUGAAAUGGUGCUCGAUGCUACUCUUUGCCCAAAAGAAAAAAAUUAUGAGUGGUCUUUUAUCCAGUGUCCAGCUUGCCAGUGUAAUGGCCACAGCACCUGCAUCAACAGCAAUGUCUGUGAUCAGUGCAAAAACCUAACAACAGGAAAACAGUGUGAGACUUGCAUGCCAGGGUAUUAUGGGGAUCCCACAAAUGGAGGACAGUGUACAGCUUGCACAUGCAGUGGACAUGCAAAUAUCUGCCACAUGCAAACAGGAAAAUGUUUCUGCACAACAAAGGGAAUCAAAGGAGAUCAGUGUCAACUCUGUGACUCUGAAAAUAGGUAUCUUGGAAAUCCACUUAGGGGAACAUGCUACUACAGCCUUUUGAUCGAUUAUCAGUUUACCUUCAGUUUAUUACAAGAGGAUGAUCGUCAUCACACUGCCAUAAACUUUAUAGCAAAUCCAGAACAGUCAAAUAAAAAUUUGGAUAUAUCAAUUAAUGCAUCAAACAACUUUAACCUCAAUAUUACGUGGUCUAUUGGUUCUACAGCUGGAACAAUAUCUGGAGAAGAGAUUCCUGUUGUUUCCAAGGUUAAUGUAAAGGAAUACAGAGACAGCUUUUCCUGUGAAAAAUUUAACUUUCGAAGCAACCCAAACAUCACUUUCUAUGUCUAUGUCAGCAAUUUCUCCUGGCCAAUCAAAAUACAGAUUGCCUUCUCACAGCACAAUACUAUCAUGGAUCUGGUGCAGUUCUUUGUCACCUUCUUCAGCUGUUUCUUAUCCUUACUGCUGGUAGCUGCUGUCGUUUGGAAAAUCAAACAAACCUGCUGGGCUUCUCGACGGAGAGAGCAACUUAUGCGGGAGCGACAGCAGAUGGCCAGCCGCCCCUUUGCUUCUGUCGAUGUAGCACUGGAAGUAGGAGCUGAGCAAACAGACUUUCUACGAGGGCCAUUAGAGGGUGCUCCUAAGCCGAUUGCCAUCGAGCCGUGCUCAGGAAACAGAGCCGCCGUCCUGACGGUGUUUUUGUGCCUGCCCAGGGGAGCAUCAGGAGUUCCACCACCCGGCCAGUCAGGUCUUGCAAUUGCAAGUGCUCUGAUAGACAUUUCACAACAGAAGCCUGCAGACUGUAAAGAUAAGAGUUCAGGAGUCAGAAAUCGAAAACAUCACCUUUCAACACGUCAAGGAACUUGUGUCUGA